UCUGGUCAGAUUUUUCCCUGGAGCUCCAGAGGGGAGGAAAAUGAUUUUGGUUCAAUAAUUCAUAUCUGAAAGCCAGAAAGUAUUUCAGGAGUUUAUGUUGUUAUUCUAGCAGGAGGCUGGAGCUGAGGUUCGGAGUAAGGAAUCUGAUUCUGACCAAACCUCAGAGUUCAUCAGUCCUGACCCAUAAAGCUCACUGGUGUGUUAAAACCUGAAAACAUGAAGGACAGGAAGUCCUGAGGCUCAACAACCAGCUGACCACGCUGAAAAUGUGACAGAAAUAAAAUGACCUCAUCUUUCAUUUUAUGUAACAGCGCCCUCUGGUGACAGGAUGUCGGCAUAACAUUCAUUUUUAAAUUGUAGACUUGUUAUUCCAGAUGCCACACCUGCAGUUUCAUCGCUUCCUGUUUAGCAGUUGAACAUCAGUUUUUGUUUUUAUCUCUUUACUCGGUUCUGGUUCUGGUUCUGGUGUUUGUCUGGAUUCCAGGUGUUAGGAAAUGUCCGCAGUUACCUGGUUGCUCUGCGGACUCUCUCUGCUCUCUGCCAGACCUCCUGUCUUUGUCUCCGCAGAUCCGACGAUCCGAGCUGAACAUGGACAGACGGUCGCUCUGCCGUGCCGCCUGACCAGCAGAGACCCGGUUCUGGUGGUGGAGUGGAGCAGAACCGAUCUGGGCUCAGAUUACGUUCUCCUGUUUCGGGACGAGCAGAUCGACCCGUUUAACCAGCAUCCGUCCUAUCAGAACCGGGUCGGACUGAAGGACCUGGAGAACAGAGACGUGUCUCUGGUUCUGGUGGACGGGACGACUGAUGACAACGGGACGUACGAGUGUCGGGUCGUUCAGACCGGAAAGAACCGCAGGAAGCAACUAAUUAGCUCCGUCCACCUGGUUGUAGCUCCGCCCCCUCCUUCAGCUCGCUUUGAGAAACUCACAGGAGACCAGAAAACCCGGACCGGAUCAGAGGAGGAGGGAGGAAGUCAGGAGCUGUUGACCUCUGACCCUACAGCUGGAAGUGAAGCUGAAGUGACCAAAUAUGGAGGAAGCCUUGUUGGGGAGGUGCAGCUAGCUGAAGCAUUAAAAGUUCAGUUCGUUCAACAGAACCAGGAUGGAGAGAAGAAGAACCAGAGCAGAACGGUUCCUGGACUGAUUGUUUCUCUCUUCCUCUUCUCUCUGGUUGUUUCUGCGUUUAUUUCUUUAACUCUGUGGAAGAAGAAACAACCUGAAACUCACCGUCCAGUGAUCUGACUGAAACUCACCGUCCAGUGAUCUGACUGAAACUCAUCGUCCAGUGAUCUGACUGAAACUCAUCGUCCAGUGAUCUGACUGAAACUCACCGUCCAGUGAUCUGACUGAAACUCACCGUCCAGUGAUCUGACUGAAACUCAACCUGCAGUGGUUCCUGUUAAUGUAAAUACUGAGAUCAAUGUGGGUUAAAAGAAACACAAGUUAGAUCACACAGAAGGAGAUUUUCAGCAGAAACAUCUCAAAAAUAAUUUGAUGUACAGUGAACCCUCGCUGCUUCGCGGACGUUUUUGUGUAGUUUUUUCUUCUUUUUUUCC